AUGAGUAGUAGUAGUAGUAACAGCAAUCAUCCAUCAUUGCCUACAUCAUCGGCUACUGUCAAUGUCAGCCAUACCGAAUCUACGCCACUGUUAAGAAAUGCACAGAAACAACAACAACAACAUCAUCAAAACAAACGCAGAGAAAUCAUUGGAUUACUGUUUAUGACACUAUCCGCACUUGGAUUCUCUACCAUGUCCUUGUUUGUCAAAUUGAGUGGCACCAGUUUUCCGUCAUUUGAAAUUGUGUUUGCUCGUUCCGUUGUGCAGACCAUGUUCAGCUUGCUAGGCUGCGCUAUUCUCAAGGUCAACCCUUUGGGCCAACCUGGUGUACGUCGCUGGCUUUUGUUCAGAGGUUUAGCUGGCACCUUGGGCCUCUGUUUGUUCUUUUACAGUAUCACCCAAUUGCCAUUAGCUGAUGCUACAGUUGUCUUUUUCUUGGGUCCUGCUUUCACUGCCAUUCUGGCAUCCAUCGUCCUCGGUGAAGCAUUCACUUUAUUCGACGGUAUCUGUUCUGUUGCUUGCAUGGUGGGUGUUGUCCUUGUAUCCAAGCCUCAAUUCUUGUUUGGCAGCCAUGAUGGUCCACAGGAUCAAGAUAUCAGUGAAUGGCAGAGACUGUUUGCUGUGCUGUGUGCAUUGGCAGGCGCCAUGAUGUCUGCUGUUGCCUAUGUCACUGUGCGCAAGAUUGGUAGAGGUGCUCAUUACAUGGUGCAUGUGGUUUACUUUGGCUUGGUGUCCAUCGUCGUUGCCCCUAUCGGUAUGACAAUGUUUCAAACACCUGUCAUGCCUCAGGGUGGGUAUGAAUAUGGCAUGCUGCUCUUGGUGGGUUUGUCUGCUUUUGUCGGUCAAUGUUUCUUGAAUCAAGGUUUGCAAAUGGCUCCUGCUGGUCCAGGAACUCUUAUGCGUAUGAAUGAUGUUGUGUUUGCCUUUUUGUUUGGAAUCUUUAUCUUGCAUGAAUACCCUGAUAUCUAUAGUAUCUCUGGUGCCUCAAUCAUCGUCUUGAUGACUUCUGCUAUGGGCAUUCACAAGAUCUACUCUCACACCAAGAAAUAA